ACGACGCACUCGGCAUCAUGCAAGGCUAACUGUGCCCACAUGACCGUGCUUAGCUUGUUGAACACUGGGUCUAAAACCUGCGAACAGGUUCUGAACUCGGGGCUUUCGCCACCCAGCUCGGCCCAGAAGGUCCAAGCUCAGGGUUCCCUGGCUUUAUAAACCGUCGACUGCCGAGUGGGACGCCCACUGCGAACAAGAAGAAAAGAUCGCAUAACGGCCAUGCUCUCCCAGCUCCUCGCCUUCACUCUCGGGGCUUUAUCCUUCGCGAACGCAGCUCCCUCAUUGUUCUUCCAGCAGCAGACGCUCGUCUCCUGCAGCGUCGAUGCAUACCCACCCUCGUCCUUCCAGAAUAACCCCGAAUCGGGGAUCUACGAGAUCUACAGCAAGGGGCUCGAAGGCGCCGCUGCUCGCUCUUACAUCCCUGGCCAGCCGCUCUACGUCAGCCGAUCCACCGAAGACGCCAUGUCAUACAAACUGUUCGAGUUGACCGCGAAGGACAAGAACAUGAUCUCGCUCAAACAUGUCGGGCUCAACUCGCCCAUCAGCGUGGAUGAAAAUAACUGGGUCUCGGCCUCAGGCUCCCAGGACGAUUACGAAAACUUCAUGCUGGAGGCCGCGGCCGGUAACCCCGGCUACUUCGUCGUCCACAGCGCGGUCUCGAGGAACCUCGUCUGGACUCUCAACUCGGAUGGCGGCGAUGUCAGCCAAAAUAUCAGGAUGUCCGGGCGGGUCCCUGGAUCCAAGGCCCAGCUCUUCAGCUUCAAGUCUUUCCAGACUCCGUUCCAACUUGCGAGCUUCGGGCACCACCUCGACAGCGACAGAUUCCACGGCUCCACAGGGAGCUGCGCCGUCGAGGCCGGGGUCUACCGCAUCCUCGACUUCAUGUCUAAUGCCCCCGUCCGCGGCAACAAGCUGAGUCAGUCGAUAUUCACGUCGCGCAAGAUGGAAGCAUACCCGGGGGACACCGCUCUGUGGGAGAUCUCGCGCGCUGCGAGCAAGCACGGCGAUCGGUACACCAUCAAGAGCGUCGCGCACGAUGCGUACCUGGGGGUCACGAAGUCGAAGAACCUCGCCCCGACAGUCGGCUCCUCCGGCACCCAGUUCGUCUUCAAGGCACGCGAGGGAGACUGCGCGGACCAGGUGACGAUCCACUUGGCCGACGGCAGCGGCAUCUGGGGGCUGGAUCUCGGCAAUGGCACUACGACUACCCCGGUUCAGGUCCAGUCGGUGCGCGGCCUGAUCAAGGACUCGCAGAGCUUCGUUCUGGAGUUGGAGUAUUGAUUGAACCCUUUGCGUGAUGGGACUUGCUCACAGCAGUCCUCCUUGUAACGAAUUUGUUUUGGAAAUAGCCAGAAAUCGUAAUGUUGAGUGUCCCUGAAAACUGGCCUCGCUAGCGUAGUCUCCCUCGAGGAAUACGUGGUAGGUUCCGUCAAGUGAGGCAAACGUUUGUUUAGUAAACUUCCCUUGACCCAGUACGUUGCUAAUGAAUGAGUUCAACCAGAUUGAUCCUAUUCACCUUGAAAAUCAACAGUAGAUCCACAUCAAGGAUCACACUCAGGCUCAAAGUCAUGUUUUCAGCGCCAACUAUCACAACAACUAUUCUAAUGGAUCCGGUGCGUUGAGCAGCCCAUCUGCCUGACUCUCGACAAUUUCAAGGCGCGACACAAAUCUACGCAUGAACUUUAAAAAUGCAACGGUGAGACUCACCCGGGUUCAUCGCAUUUGCACCUUUUCAGUCCUGUAGACACACUCGGCUAGAUUACUCUGUGCAGUGAAGACGAGCCUAAUUGUACGUCGACCUCUAGCGGAGAGCGAACGUGCAGUCCCCACUCCUCGGUUCGGUUCCUCUAGCGUGAAUGAGUCCCUGCAUCAUAGGACGUUGAUGUGAGUCUAAUAUAAGUCUAUGUCCAUCGUUUAGCUCGACAACCUGAAGAGUACAGUAACUGCAGCUUCCUUCCAUUCAAAAAUCUGACCAGCUCGUGGCUUCACCCCGCACAUGAAAUCCGAUAACAUAUAAAAAGCCCGAGUGUUUUUCUCCACUCGCAAUUUGACGCAAAACGAUUACUUUGAUCCAUAUGUUACAA